GCUGCGUGCCUCCUCAGAUGCUGAGGGAGUAGCUCAGGAAGGAGGGCUGGGGGGAGGAGAUACAAAAAAAAAAAAAAAAAAAAGGAAAACGAUUUCAGCACCGGAGCUGUCCGCGGCACUUGGAGAAGUCUCUAUUCCUGCCAAGGGUGAAGCUGCUUCCGACUGUAAAUUUUCUCCGUGGGACUGUGAGGGGAAGGAAUAAAUAAACCGCCGUGCCAUUCAUCUGGACUGGCAGGUUAAAGGCGCACAUACUUCAUUCGAGCAAAGUCUUGCCAUGCUGGACGGCCGGGCGUGAGACUGAAAGGAUAAAGUCAGAACACCAGCCUUUACUCUUUAAGCCAUGGGAGUGCUCAUGUCAAAGAAGCAGCAGGUGGAGAAGGUGCAGAAAUGCAAUGCUGUCGUCUCUGCCUUCCAGGCGGGCAUCAAGGACCGUCCUGCCCCAGCCAAACAGGCAGAAGAAGAAGUGGAGGAAGGUGAAGGCCCUGGCAAACCUUCAGCCAAUUCUGACGAGAAGAAAACAGAGGAGGCAGCGCAAGAGGAAACGGAAAAUUGUGCAGGCCCAUCAACCUCCCAGCAGGCCUCAGCAACAGCCAGGGAAGACAAUAAGAUCAACCAGGAGGCUUGGUCCAGGUUACGGGACGGGAAAGGAGUGGAGCCUGAAGACCUUGACAAGAGCCAUCAGCUCACGCCGCCAGCGUUUGUGCGGCCCAAAAGGGAAGCCAAUGAUGACCAGCCUUUAGAGGUGGAGCUGGACAAGAAAGAGCAGCCACCCAGUGAUGAGAUGUGUGACGUGUGUGAGGUAUGGACGGCCGACGACCUAUACCCCUGCAGGAUCUGCACCCGGGUGUUCCACGAUGGCUGCGUAAGGGAGCUGGGCUACCUGCGCGCCGAGGCCCUGCAGGAGAUGAGAGAUACAGCCCACACUGUUACUGGCUGGAGCUGCUACUAUUGUGAUAAUCUGAAUCUACUCCUAACGGAGGAAGAGAUGUACAGCCUUAUGGAGACCUUCAAGCAGUGCAAGAUCAUCCCAGAGUCAUGCUUGGUGUCAGAUGAGCUGCUGCAGUACCGCCACUUUGCAUCCAAGCAACAAUUUGAUAAGGACUUGACUGAUGAGCAGGAGGAGGAAGUCCUGGCCCAGUUUGCGGCGCUGGAUCCUGAGAAGAAGGGUCACAUCGAAUGGUCGGACUUUCUCUACUUUGAGUCUCUGGUAGUUUUGAGGAAGUUUCGCACAGAGAACUCACUGGUGCGUCUGUUGACUGCCAAGGAGAGAGACAAGGCACGGUCAGUAUUCCUGGGUCUUGCUCUGGAUAAAGACGGUGUGAUCACGCGAGCAGAAUGCCGCCAGGCCCAGCAGUCCUGGUUCCACAAGCUCAACAAAGACUCGCAGUCUUGCAAUGUGAGUAUAAGUCAUGUCGGCCCCAUAUGUGAGAGCAGUCCAGCCAGCUCUGGCAGUGAGAGGAGCAAGACUGAUGAAAGCAGGCCAGUGACCUGGGCAGACUUUUUAAAGGAGAGUGCCAUCUAUGUUUUGGCUGCACGGCCCAAUAGUUCUGCCAUGCACAUCCGUCUGCCUCUAUAGUCCAGGAUCCUCCACUGCACCCCAGCAGAGAGAGGGAGAGAGGUAGAGGGUGUACCCUGUAGACUACAGAUGAGCGGAGGAAGAAAGACGUGAUGGCACGAUGGCAUGAGGACGGCGACUGAGCAAACUGGAUGAAGCACUGAGAGACAGCGGAUCAAGCCAUCGACAGAAUCUCUCCUCCUCUGCAUCACCUCAACCCCACAACACUGAAAACACGCAUGCUGACUGACACACUCAUGACGCAAGUGACAGCAGCUGACACAGGUCCCAACUCCAAAACUCAACGGCUUCCAACAAAUGUGAGGGAUAGGACAAGGCAGACAACCAUUCAAAACCCACUCACGACCAGUCAGUCAGUCAGUCAGUCAGUGAUAUUUCUGAAACCUUUGAGUAUACAGAUCAUGCACACAAUCAGACAAGCUCCUAGGAUGCUCACACUCUUUAUUAAAUUACAAAUACUACACUCCACGGCCCUCCAGCAACAUGAUACACCUCUCCAUGUGGGUAUGUUAGUGUGACAGGCUGUUACUCUUUCAAGUAUUCAUUCCUUUGGGCCUCAUCAUGUCCUAAUAAUAGUUCCAUGCUACUGUAAUGGGAUUGUGUUAUUCCCCAUCAAAAUUGUUAAUCACGCUACACAGAGGCACAUGCAGAUUCAUUAGUGGUACUGUUUGACAAGGCUUCUGGGAGGAGAUUAACCCUGCAGCUGCCAUUAUCAGAACAUAUACCAAACAGGAAUGAAAGCUAUCCGCGUACAUAAUAUUAUAUGAGAACUGCUAUUCAUAACAGUAUAAAUUAUUAUUAUGCAUUAAAAAUGCUGUAUUUAUUCCUGUAUCCUCUGAUAUAUCCUCUGUUUUUCCCAUUUUCAUCCAAGAAUCUAUGUUCUUCUGAAGUACUAACUAUGAAAAAGGAUGUGAAGUGAACAUUAACGAAAGCUAACCCAGUAAGUGACGUGUAUAUACUGCCAUAUACUGUAGUACAUUUUGUUCCUGCUGUGCUCAGAGCUGCUGCACAAGGUGGAAACGUCUACUCUCCUGUUCUAGUGUCAUUAUUUGCACUGUGGGAAUGAGCUGUAGAUGGACUACUGUGUGACAUAAUCACUGUAAUUAAAUACUGAAAGACAAUGGGUGAUGUGCAAACAUUUGUCUUUUGUUAAUAUACAGAGGCACUGGGAAUUCUAUAAUGUUAAAUUUAUCCAACAAUUUAAAUGCACAUGAAACUGCCCAUAGAAUCACUGGAAACAUAGUGUAAUGAGUUGAACUUAGGUAGUGUUUAUGCCAUGUAAUGACGGGUCAAUGCAAGGUCCUCUUAGUGAAUAAAGAAUUGUAAUGACAUGAAUCUUGAUUGUCUGAGGGAUAAGUCACAGUGCUGAAAUAAAUGCAUGGCAUUUACUCUCCAUCUUGAGAA